GUUUCUAUGCAGGUGUCGCAUAAUCCUCAAGAUAUCGCACGGAUUUCUAGACUUCUAAGAUUCUGUGAUCACCCUGUGGAAUUAUCAUCGCAUAAUUUUGUCUUGAGUAAUUAAUUUGUUUCUGUGUAAAGAUGGCAGCGGCUGCAGCAGUGACAGUCGCAGAAAUGGCGGCGGAGACGAUAGCAGAAACAGUUGCAGAGACUGUUGCGGAAACAACUGCGGAGGUUGUCGCAGAGUCAACAGCGGAAGCUGUUGCAGAAGGCACAGCAGAGACUGUGGCAGAAACUGCUGCGGAGGCGGCAGCGGAAUCUGCAGCAGAAGCAGGAGCGGAAACAGCUGCAGAAACAGCGGCUGAGACAGCCGCCGAAACGGCUGCAGAGGAGAGCGCGGCUAGUAGUGGGAUAUUAUGGAAAGUGGUGAAGAUUGGAGCCAUAGUGGCCGUUGGUUUAGGAGUCCCCUCGGUUAUUGAUGUGAUCAAGGCCAAUACGGGGGCCGGUAUAAAAAAAUGCCCUCUUGAUCCGGAUACCAAGAAAACGCUUCAAUUAACUCAAGAUGCUCUGGAUAAAAUGGAAGCAAUUAUUAGUGAGUGGAACAACGUAUUAAAAGGUUUGCCAAAGGAUGUUGACUUAGGAAAUAUUGAAGUAGACGUGGAAGGGAAGAAAGAAAGUGUUCAUGUGAGCGCUCUGUUUUGGCAGAUCAUGCACAACGUAGAGAAGGACCUUAAUUCAGCGUCAAAAAUUGCCAAGGACUGCGCAGAUGACUGUAAAUGGAAGGCUAACAUCGACGUUUUUACACUGCACAUCGUGAACGCUGUAACAGGAAUGGUGGCCUUGUGUGACCUUAGGGAAAAGAGCAGUGCCCUACAACAGCACAACAUUCCUGCUUCAGGUGACAAGAAAAAAAUUCAGGCAGUUUUAGACAAAGAUUUUCCUAAAUGGAAAGACUACAUCAUAGCACAAGCAAAGAAGCACCUAAACAAAGCUCUUGUCAAAGAAGCGACUACUAAGGCGACCCAGGCUGUUUUACCAAUCGUUAAACAACCUAUCAAACAGGGAGUUCUGGCACAGGCAAAAGCUGAUGUCGUCCCAAAUAUAGUCAAUGAAGCCAAAUCAAGUGGCAAGAGUGCAGCCAAAAGAGUGUUUGAUGAUCGUCGGGCUCAUAUCAUUGAAAUAGGGCUGAUCCCUUUCUAUGGGUGGGUCAAAUCACAAAUGCUUAUUGCCCAAGCCAAAAAAGAUGCCAUAAAUGAUGCCAGAAACGCUGCAAAAUCCACAGUGAACCAACAAUUUAACUCUCCUGAAGUCAAGGAGCAAAUGAACCGUAUCUCUGCUGAGGUGUCCAAAUCUGUUUUUGCUCAACAUAAAACACAAAUUGACGAGAAAAUCAAGCAAAUAGUCGAUGAUACGCUAAAUAAACAUCAAUCCUAAAUGAGAAUAAAUAAAAUACUGCUACUCAUAUGAAAAUUAUUAUGAAGUUUGUUUAAGAAUACUUCUAGAAUGUUAGAAACAACAAUCAAGCUAAUUAGUUAAUACUAUGAAUGUUUGCAUAGUGGGGUGGUAAUAAUUAAUAAAUAAAU